GGCGACCGACCCGGAAGCGGUUUGUCGGGCGGUGACCGGAAGUCACCCCGGCAUCCAAGAUGGCGGCGCGCGUGGCGAGGCUGAGGCGCUGGAGCCAAAUCAGGAGGUGUGGCCUAACCGGCUCCAGGCCCUUCAGCAGCUCCGGUUACCCCGCGGUCCCGCUCUCCUCGCCGCUCCCCAGUCUCCCCAAACCCAUCUUCGCCACCGUCAGCGGCCACAACAAAUACGAGACCCGGAUCACGGUGCUGGAGAACGGGCUGCGAGUGGCCUCGCAGGACAAAUUCGGCCAAUUCUGCACGGUCGGAGUUUUAGCAAAUGCUGGAUCGAGGCACGAGGUGAAGUAUCCGAGUGGAAUCUCCCACUUUCUAGAAAAGCUGGCGUUUUCUUCUACAGCACAGUUUGGCUCCAAGGAUGAAAUCCUCCUUACGCUGGAGAAACAUGGGGGUAUCUGUGACUGCCAGUCUUCCAGGGACACUACCAUGUUUGCAGUUUCUGCGGAGGUGAAGGGUCUAGAGACAAUGGUCGGUCUUCUGGCUGAUGUGGUGCUUCAACCAAGGUUAACAGAUGAGGAACUGGAGAUGACCCGUCUGUCUGUCCGCUUUGAACUGGAGGACCUUGAGAUGAGACCAGAUCCCGAGCCCCUCCUGACUGAGAUGAUUCAUGCGGCUGCUUACCGGGACAAUACGUUGGGACUGCCCAGGUUCUGCCCUGCUGAGAAUGUGGAGAAGAUUGAUCAGAAACUGCUUCACUCAUUCCUGCGGAAUUACUACACUCCGGACAGGUUGGUGCUGGCUGGAGUCGGAGUGGAUCAUGACCAACUGGUGGAACACGCAAAGAAAUACCUCCUGGGAGUUACCCCAGUUUGGGGGUCAGGAAAGCCCACCGAUGUGGACCGGUCUAUCUCCCAGUAUACUGGAGGAAUUGUGAAGGUGGAGAAAGACAUGACUGACGUUAGCCUGGGACCCACUCCCAUUCCGGAGCUCACGCACAUCAUGAUUGGAUUAGAAAGCUGCUCCUUCCUGGAGGACGAUUUCAUCCCCUUCGCCGUGCUUAACAUGAUGAUGGGUGGCGGGGGCUCGUUCUCAGCUGGGGGCCCAGGGAAAGGCAUGUUCACCAGACUCUACCUCAAUGUCUUAAACAGACAUCACUGGAUGUACAAUGCCACCGCCUAUCACCACAGCUAUGAGGACACUGGGCUCCUGUGUAUACACGCUAGUGCCGAUCCUAGACAGGUCAGGGAGAUGGUGGAAAUUAUCACUCGAGAAUUCAUUUUGAUGACUGGGUCGGUGGGAGAGAUGGAGCUGGAACGAGCCAAGACCCAGCUGAAGUCGAUGUUGAUGAUGAACCUGGAGUCUCGGCCAGUUAUAUUUGAGGAUGUGGGACGACAAGUGCUGGCAACUGGAGUCCGCAAACUCCCACAGGAGCUCUGCACACUGAUAGGAGGGGUAACCGCAGAUGAUAUCAAAAGAGUCACAGCCAAAAUGUUACGCAGCAAGCCGGCUGUGGCAGCCCUGGGAGACCUCAGUGAUUUGCCAACGUACGAACACAUCCAGCAAGCGCUGACCAGCAAGGAUGGCCGCCUGCCCCGGAUUUACAGGCUGUUCCGGUGAGCUGUACUCGCUCUCCUUUCCUGAAUGAAGGACAGAAACGCUACACAUACAGUCCUGGUGUUUUGAACCGUUUGUCUGUGAGCUGCUUGUGUUGAAUGGAGGGGUAAUCAUGUGUAAAUAGACCGGGGAGAUGAGGGAUGGGGUGUGGGAAGGAAGCGGUCUGAUUUACUUUACUUUUAUAUACACGUGGAGAGAUGAAACCGCUUUGAAAUGAAUGGAUGUGUUUACUUUGUGAUGCUGCUACAAUUCACCUGCUCCUGGACUGUAAUCGUUCUGUGUCAAUGCACAAGACUGUUAUGUCCAGUUAUAUAAAUUUUAGUUGUACUCAU